UACAUGCUUCACCGAAUACCAUUCAUAUCUGCAGAACUAGUGGGAUUACACUAAUUUUGUCAUAUUCCUCGGAUUUUAAAAGUCGAAAAAGUGUACUUUUCGCUGUUUUACAAAAUGAGUAAGAAAGACGAUGAAAAUCGUUUUAUAAAAUGUGUUUUGGUAGGUGACGCGUGUGUUGGAAAAACUUGUAUGUUGAAGACUUAUACAACUAAUAUAUAUCCGACGGAUGUAUAUCCAGGAGGAUGGGAUAAUUAUACAGUAACUGUCACUAUAGGGGAAACAUCUUACCAACUGGGGCUAUUUGAUACUUCUGGAUUGGACGAUUACUGCCGUUUACGUGCCCUAACCUACCCUGGCACACAUGUAUUCCUUUUAUGUUACUCUGUUAUUAAUCCAGAUAGUAUGGAUGAUUUGUUACAGCGAUGGGUACCGGAAGUGCAGCAUUUUUUGCCUUCCUCCGCUUUUCUCAUAGUGGGAACUCAGACAGAUCUUCGAGAUGAUGAAAGUACGCGGCGAGAACUUCAAAAAUAUAGACAAAAACCAGUAACCCAUGAGGAAGGUGCCGAAUUAGCUAAGCAAGUUAAUGCAGACGGCUAUGUAGAAUGUAGUUCUUUAACUCAGCAGGGUCUCAAUGACGUUUUUGAUGAGGCAAUUUUGGCCGUUUUGUCUUCAAAAAUUAAGAGACGUGCUCCUAGACGAGGACUACGAAAAUGUGUAAUUUUAUGAGCGAAAUUCAACUUUGUAUAUUUAUGAUCUCCGCCACAGUAAUAGUUAAAUAAAAAACUAAAUACUGUUACAAUAGCGUUACAGAAUCAUAAAGUGCAAAUAUACAGUGUGUACAUAUGACAUAUAUAGGGGAUAUUUUGGAGGAAAAACAUACAAUAGAAGCCUUUUACUUACACAUUAUUAUGGCAUGUUUUUACAGUAAAUCUGAAAUGUCCGACAGCUGUACAAGUCAUAUAUGUAUACAUUCCUUUGUUAUAUUUUUCCAAUGUAUACAAUUAUAUACAUGUACAUUAUAUAUCAAUUUAGAAAACAGAUAUUUUUCAAAAUUGUCUAAUUGAGGUCAAUAUAAAUCAAUUUUUUUUAAAUACAGAGUUAUAUUAUUUAAUAAACACCAACUACUGCGAUUUGUCUAACGUAGAAAAUGUACAGUGUUCCUGAUAGUUAAUUUUACUUUAAAAUUGAACUACAUUUGAAUUAGACACUAGAAAUUACUUUCUUUGAUUGAAAAAGAAUUUAACAAUUUAGCGAAGUUUACAUGUGUUUUUAACUGUAUACACAUUUUGUCAUAUACAAUUUAAGAGGACAGAAAUAUGAGCUUUUGCUAAAAGCUACAUGUAUCAACUUUAUCCGUAUAAAAGUACAAUUUCAUUCAAAACAUCAAAAGUAUGCCAUUGUAUAGCACCCGACUCACCUGGCACCCCCAUGAUACAUGAGCAAAAUUAAUGGAAACACAUGGAAUCUGAUAUGCAAGAAAUACCCUGUCAAAUCGUUGUAAUAGUUUAUGCUUAUAAAUGUAAGUCUAGUUUGUAUUUAGUGAUAUAAAACCCAUAUUACUCAGAGCAUAUCGCUCAUAAUGUUGUUAACAUAGCUUUGCCGUUUAUAAUUGUUUUUUGUUGUUGUUGUUUUUUUUGUUGUUUUUUUUUUUUUUUUUUUUUUUUUUUUUUUUCUUUUUUGUUGUUUUUUUUUUGUGGCCUAUAUUCGUGAUUCCGUAAAUUUCAUUAUAAAUGAAAGUGUACAGGAAAGAAAUCUACAUAAGUCUUUGACUUCCUUUUCAAUCCUGUUUAUAUAAUGUUGUUGUAUCAUAAUUGUAUAUGUUUGUAUUAUAUGAAAUAAAUACUGUUUAA